CACAUCAGUCUAUAACAUAUGUAAAUAUCCAAGCAGAAGCUCAACUUUUGUUGAGUAAUGCAAUAAAUGAUCUUGAACUUGGUCAUUUAUGUUUAAAAGAACUUGCAAAUCCAUGCCAAUAAAUAUUAAACAACUAGACUCUGACCCCAAAAACAAAUAUCUAUGUGAUAUUUCUUCAAUAGUAUUUGCAUUUUCACACUUAUAAUUAUGUUAGAAAAAUUUAAACUUUCAGCACAGAGCGUGGCUGGGGGACCUGACGAAGAAACCGACAUAUUGGUAAAAGAGAACCCGAGAGUGGUUGAUCAUCAUUUCUCUGUUCUUGCCUUUCGGCAUAUUGAUAAUUACCAUUUCUUUUCUUUUCUUUUUCAUUUUUCUGGUUUUUGGUAAAACACUCUCGUUUCGUUCGGGGUUGUCGUUCUGCUUCAGUGAUUCAUUUUAGUACUGAUCCGUCUCUACUACAAUAUACCACUCCCAACUCCGUUUCUGGUCUGGUAUCUACAUUGAUAUUGUGGAAUCAAAAACCCUCCCGCCUAGUUUUCAUCUUUCUCUUUGCUUAAUUUGGUUUCCAACUUCAUCCUAUCGACUCGAUCUUUGCUCCAGACUCCGGUCCAUCAAUUUCCUAAGGGGAGGUGCUCAAAUUUAUUUCUUUGUUUUUCCCGUGUUUUAUUGCCAUUGUAGUUUCAACUUCUAUAUCUUUCCUUGUUUUCAUCAAUUUGUUUGAGUUUAAAAAAAAUUAAAAAAAUUCCCAAAAAAAAAUUAAGAGGAAUCUCGUGACAGACCGUGGCAAACAAGAAUGGAGAUUGUUAUUGCAGUUGCAGAGAGAAUCGUAGAGUACACCGUUGAACCAGUUGGACGGUGGCUAUGCUAUUCAUGUCACUACAAGAGCAACAUGGAGAAUCUGAAGAAUCAAGUCAAAACGUUGCGGAAUGCUAAGGACAGGGUUCAACACGCCAUUGAAGCUGCUUCAAAUAACGGCGAUGAAAUUGAAGAUGAUGUAAAAACGUGGUUGACAGAGGUGGAUGGUUUUAUGCAUCAAUUGGCCACCAAGAAAUUUGGUGGAGAUGAAGAAGAAGAGGAAUCGAGGAACUCUAAUGCAUCAUGCUUGAACUUGAAGCAACGACAUCAGAUAAGCCGGGAAGCAAAGAAGAUGGCGGGUAAUAUUUCUGAACUUCUUGAAAAUGGAAACUUUGACCGAGUUUCCUAUCGUCCUGCUUCGCAAGAAAUGGUGACCCCAAGAAACAUGGAUUACAUGACCUUCGAUUCGAGGAUAUCAAUUACGAAUAAAAUUAUGGAGGCAUUGAGAGAUGCUAAUAUCCACAAGAUCGGUGUGUGGGGGUCGCCUGGAGUUGGAAAGAGUACAUUGAUGAAAGAAAUUUUCGGGAAAGCCAAGGAAGAAGGAUUAUUCAAUGAGGUGGCUUUGGCAAAUGUGACGGACAGCGCAGACCCAAUUCGUCGAAUUCAAGGAGAAAUUGCAGAGAUGCUAGGCCUAGAGCUUGGUCCUGAUAGAACUGAAAUAGGAAGAGCAGCCCGUCUACGGGCGAGGUUAGAAAAAGACAAGGAGAAGAAGACACUUGUUAUCUUGGAUGAUAUAUGGAAGCACCUUGAUUUGGAGGAAAUAGGAAUUACUCCGUCCAAAAGAUGCAAAGUACUACUCACAUCCAGGGAUCGACAGGUACUAUCUUCCGAAAUGGGCACCGAAGAGAACAACUUUAAACUCGACAUUUUAGAAGAAGAAGCGGCAUGGAACUUAUUUGAAAAGAUGGCAGGUGAUUCUCUCAAAGAUGAUCUUGUAGUGCAAAGUGUAGCAAUUAAGGUAGCUAAAGCGUGUGGAGGUCUUCCUAUUGCACUUGUAACAGUUUCUAGGGCAUUAAAGAAUCAGAAGAAUUUGGGAGACUGGGAGGAUGCCUUGGUGGAACUAACAAGACCCCCUCCAGAGCAUGACACAAGAAUAUGGUCACCCGUAUAUUCUUGUAUACAGCUGAGCUAUAAACAUCUUGUUGGUAGAGAGCUCAAAUCCCUCUUUUUGCUUUGUGCUCAACAAGGUUACUACAUUUCCUAUCGGGACUUGUUGAAAUAUGGUUUCGGUCUGUGUUUAUUCCAUGGCAUUCAUACAUUGAAAGAAGCAAGAAACAGACUAGACAAAUUAGUUAGAAAUCUCCAAGAUGCUUGUUUGCUACUACAAAGUCCACAUAGCUCCGAGGAAUAUUACAUGCAUGAUAUUGUUCGUCAUGUCGCUACAAUAAUUGCAUCAAAUGACCAUAAUAUGUUUGUCAUGAGAAGCGAUGGUGGGCAAAAAGCAUGGCCAGAUGUCGAUGCACUAAAAAGAUGCGAGGCGCUUUCUGUUCUUGGUGGACAAUAUCCUGAAAAAAUGGAAUUUCCUAAAUUAAGAUACUUUCAUGUCCAAGAGAAGUACCUGCCCACAAGCAUUUUCUUCCAAGGGAUAGACACGCUCGAAGUUCUGAGUUUGACGAAUAUGGUAGUUACAUCACCGCCUUUUCCAUUUCCAAACCUACGAGCAUUGUGUCUAGAUGGAUGUAAGUUGGGAAAUAUUGGUAGGAUUGGAAAAGUUAGCACUCUAGUAAUUCUUAGUCUUGCUUAUUCUAACAUUUUAGGCCUCUCAAAAGAAAUAGGGUCGUUGACUCAUUUGCGGUUAUUGGAUUUGACCAAUUGUGUCAAACUUCAUUUGAUUCCUUCUAAUGUUUUGUCAAGAUUGGUCAACUUAGAAGAAUUGUACAUGCGAAACAUCUGUUUCCUAUGGGAGGUUGAAGAACCCAAUAAUGAAGGAAAACUUGCUAGUCUUGCAGAGCUAAAGCAUUUGUCGCAUUUGGUCACCUUGGAGAUAGAUAUUCGAAAUGGCAUGAAGUUACCGAAAGAUUUGUUUUCUCAAGACCUUGAGAGAUACAAGAUUUGCAUUGAAGAUAUCUGGACUUCGGCUUUUGAGGGGGAGGCCUUCUCAAGAACGUUACAUUUCAAACUGAAUAUGAGCUUCCAAUUGGACUUUGGGAUCAAAAUGCUACUGAAGAAGACAGAAUAUCUUUAUUUAGACGAGUCAAACAGAACUACGAGUAUCUUAUAUGAAUUGGAUAGAGAAGAUUUUCAACAACUGAAGCAUCUCCAUAUCCAAAAUAAUAAUAUUAAGCAUAUCCCUAAUUUGAGGACACCGGCUGUUACCUUUCCUAUCUUGGAGACAUUUGUUUUGAAAGGAAUGACUAGCUUGAAAGAAAUUUGUCAGGGCAACCUUCCAUUGACAUCCUUCAAAAACUUGAAAGUUUUGAAGGUGGAAAGCUGUCAAAAAUUAAGAUUUAUUUUCUCAUCAUCGAUAGCAAGAGGCCUUUCACUACUUGAAGAAUUGAACAUAACAAGAUGCAACAUCGUGGGUGUAAUAUUUAUGAAAGAAGAAGAAAAUGGAAUAGAAGAGGCCGUCGGAGAUAUGAUGUUGUUCCAUCGACUACAAACCUUGGUGCUAGAGGGUCUUCCAAAGCUCGUGAGCUUCUUAAGCACAAGAGAAACCAAUUCGGAGGGCAGCCAUGAUCUUCAGUUGCCGCUUCUACAUCAUCAUCAGCUUUCCUUCCCUAGUUUGAAAGAACUGCAUUUGCGAGAUCUGCCCAGAAUAAAGCAUGUUUGGAGUAAAGAAGUCUUCAGGUUUCAAGAUUUUCGUGUGCUACUUCAUUUUCAUGUUAAGGGAUGUGGGAGUUUGGAAAGUUUGUUUCCAGCAGCCUCAGUGUCUACAAGUCUCCCGCAAUUGAAGUCUCUCGAGAUAGAGGAGUGUGGGGUAAUGGAGGAAAUUGUUGAGAGAGAAGACGGGACAGAUCCAACAGCGAGGCUUUUGUUCCCCAGCCUAAAUUUUCUAAGGCUUGAUGGAUUGCCAAAACUCAAGAGUUUUUACCAAGGACUGCGUACUUUGGAAUCGUCGUCUUCUACGGUAUUACAUGAGCAGGGAGGCACACUUUUCGGGGUUGAAGAGCUAUCCUUCCCUAGUUUGGAAGCACUGCAUUUGCGAGAUCUGCCCAGAAUAAAGCAUGUUUGGAGUAAAGAAAUCUUCGGCUUCCAAGAUUUUCGUGUUCUACUUCAUUUUCAUGUUAAGGGAUGUGAGAGUUUGGAAAGUUUGUUUCCAGCAGCCUCAGUGGCUACAAGUCUAACGCAAUUGAAGUCUCUCGAGGUAGAAGAUUGUGGGGUAAUGGAGGAAAUUGUCACGAGAGAAGACGGGACAGAUCCAACAACAAGGCUUUUGUUCCCCAGCCUAAAUGUUCUAAGACUUGAUGGGUUGCUAAAACUCAAGUGGUUUUACCAAGGGGUGCUUACUUUGGAAUCGUCAUCGUCCAAGGAAUUACAUGAGCAGGGAGGCACACUUUUCGGGCUGGAAGAGGUUGACUUUCCUAAUUUGACAAAACUGAAUCUACGUGGUCUACCAAAACUGAGAAACAUAUUGAAUAUCAAGGACUCCCAUCAACGCCAUAAGUACAGCUUUCAAAAGCUACUUGAUAUUGAUGUUUCAUUGUGUAAGAGUUUGGAAAGUUUGUUUCCUGCAGCCUUAGCUGCUGCAAGUCUACCGCAAUUGAAGUCUCUAAAGAUAGUAGAUUGUGGGGUAAUGGAGGAAAUUGUCGCGGGAGAAGACCGGACAGAUCCAACAACGAGGCUUUUGUUCCCCAGCCUAAAUGUUCUAAGACUUGAUGGGUUGCUAAACCUCAAGUGGUUUUACCAAAGGGGGCGUACUUUGGAAUCGUCGUCAUCCAAGGAAUUACAUGAGCAGGGAGGCACGCUUUUUGAAGAGGUUGCCUUUCCUAAUUUGACAAAUCUGGAUUUAUGUGGUCUACCCAAAAUCAAGCAUGUAUGGAGUAAAGAUCCACAAACAAUUCUCGGGUUUCAGGAUCUAAAAGAAAUAAAUGUUCGGGAAUGUGCAAGUCUUAAAAGUUUGUUUCCAGCCUCGGUUGGUGGACUUCUUAAGCAAUUGGAGAUGAUUAGAAUUAAUAACUGUGGGGUGGAGGAAAUUGUUGGGGCUGAAGGAGAAGAAGCAGUGGGAAGGACGUUGGUGUUCGAGUUCCCUCGAGUAACUUGUUUGCAUCUUACAAAUUUACCAACACUCGAGUGUUUUUACAACGGAGUGUAUACUUCAAAAUGGCCAAUGCUGAGAAAUAUGUUGAUUGAUAGAUGCGAGAAAGUUGAGGAUUAUGAUUCCAACGUUGUGAGUACAGUUAAAAAGGGGCAAUCUCAGAAGUCAAUUGAACAACACCUUUUCGAUAAGCUCUCAUUCUCGAGGUUGGGGAGAUAAAGACUCGAAAUUCGAAGAAUAUAAGUUGGAAAUUAUGAGCCGGAAUGUCACUAUUCGAAAAUUGUGGCAUUCUUGUUCCGCAAGGUGUUUGCACUCCGUGGAAUCUUCACGUCUUAAAGCAGCAUGAAUGGAAAAAUCUUGGUACAGAUUCAAGGUUUUGAAUGACGUGCGGUACUGGUACGGGCGAUACUUCGGCCGAGAAAAAUAGGUAUUUCAUAUCAAGUUAAAUAUUGAUGGGCUUUUUCUAAGAACUUCAAGUCUUGCUAAAAAAAAACAAAAAAAAGGUAUUUCAUAUCAAGCUCAAUAGUGAAGGACGAACUCUCUGGAUAAAAAACCAAAGAAAAAAAAAAAGGAAAAAGAAAAAAAAAAAGAAAAAAAGAAAAAAAAGAAGAAAGAAGUAAAACUUAGAAUUGGGAACCCAUUUUCGGAGAAAUGUUUGAUAUUUUGAGAUUUAUUAUAUUUUGAGGAAAGGUCCCGUGUUUUGGGAGAUUGAAACUCUCAUUAUAUUUUGAUGACUAUGUUUCUUAAGGUUAAUGUGACAAUGUUUGAAAAAACGUUUUUAAGUUUUAGUAUCAUGUGCUAUGCAAUUGUCUGCAGCAUUGCUUAGAUUACUUGACCUUUUAUUUUAUUCUGCUGCAUAUUUAGUGUAUAUUGCUAGUAUAAUUAGGAGCAUUGCAUAUUAUCUGUCAUGUAUGAGGAAUGUGUAGUUUUGUGUUACAUAUCUCGACGUUUCAAUCACCGCCAAAUCCCAAGCAAAGGCUGAGGGUGCCACAUUGUCUAUUCUAGUGUUUCCCACUUGAAGCUAAGCAACUGGGCGGCUUGGGUUGUGGCUUACGGAGGGCAGAAUGAUUCCCUUGUUUCGAUGGGGUGCAAACAGAGCACCCUGUCUAGAGCUUUUCGGUGGCUGGGUACAGUGGUUAUUUGAGGGAGGAGCUAUGACAUGGUUGGCUUUGCUUUGGGGUGGGGAGGCUGCUGGACAUAAUAGAGGUUGUCUAUUAUGACUAUGGGGAGGUGUGUGGGUGAAACUUCGUGGGAGGUUGCGGUGUGGAUAAACUACACAGUGGGGUUACUUUUUGGUGGUGGUGGUUAACGACACACGUGGAGGGGCCGUGGUGCUCGUGGCUAGCUGUUGAUGAGCAUAUGAGAGGUGGAAUGGUGGUGCAGCAGCAAGGCACGUUGGGACUAUCGUGCC